AAGGGUGUGGUUAUGGUUUUAGUACAAGAUGUAAGACUGUACGUUUCUAUAAGGCAUUUUGAAAAAUGACUGCUGUGAGAAAAGUUAUGAUAACGACUCUACUACUUUAUUCAUUGACUUCUCAAGGAAAAGUAUACUCAGUGGUCCUAAUGAAAGACAACACAAGGAGCAUUACCUGCAAUGUGCCAGGACAAGAAAACGAAAUUGUAUGGUACAAAUAUGAAGUAGAAUAUUUUAAGACAGAACGUAAUAAUAUGGGCAAAACUUACUCAGUUCCUUCUGAGGGUGGAAUAUUCAGUUGUGAUGAAAAGCAAACAACAGAUGUGAGCUGUAAAUCCCACAACAUAUUUAUUAUCCUAGACAUUACAGGAGAUAAUGCAAAUCUGUCAGGACAUUUUACAAAAAGGAUUGGGCAAAAUAUUAGCUUCCUGAGUGAAUUUCGCGACAAUGGCUCAUAUACUUUGUUGUGGGUAGUUAAUAAACAAAAGUGUAUAUUUUCAGCGGCAGCAACACGGUCAGUGCAUGACUUUAACUUUUCAUUAAAUCAACUGUGCUGUCCUAGUGAUGACAUAAAGUUUGAAGAAAGAGUACAGUUUCGGAAUCUAACACCACUUAUUGAUCCCAAUCAAACGGUUCAUCUGGACUUAUUUAAUCUUACAUCCUCAGACAGUGGAGAAUAUUUGUGUCUUAAAUAUUCCUGGGAUAAAGGCAGUUAUAAAUGGAAAAUCUUAAAUAAAUAUACACUUGAAGUAACUCUGGAUGAAGGUCCAGCAUCUACACUAGGAACUUCUUUCUAUAUAAUUGCUGGUUCUAUAGGAGGGGUUAUUGCAGUUCUUGCCAUUUUAUUGCUGUCAAUUUUUUGCAUCAAACAUCGAGGCGAACAGAUGAACAUGCAAAGAAGUUCCCCUGUAGACCUCCCAGAUGAAUAUGAAUGUACUCCCUAUGCAGUGAGUGGACAGAAGGAGGAGAUAAACAACUGCGUUUAUUCACUGGUACAAAAUCCAAGGCCAGCCACAGAAGCGGAAUAUUCUGAAGUACAGCUGACAAAGCCUGCUAUAUCUGGUGCUAGUGGCGAACACAAAUACGAUUUCUGAUGCAGAGAAAGUUUAAGGGAUAAAUGGAAAAGCAUGAUGGAAGACUGAGAUGAUGGAUGCAUUGCUUAGCCUAUAGUAAACAUGAACCUUCAAACUGAA